GGUUAACCUCUUUAUAUACCGUCUCAAUCUCUAUCUCCUCAACUGUUCUCAACAUAUCGACAUUUCCCCCAAGAAUAAGCGACACAACGACUUUAAUGCUUUCAUUCGCAUAAUCUAGUCGACGACAGGCGAUAUGUCCAACAUCUGCCAGGGACCUAAACGACUCCGCUAAGUGAGUGAAUGCCUAUGCGCCGUGAGCUUCGCAUCGCAGAUGGGUUUGCUAGGUGACUUGUCGCCUGGGGGGAGUAUUGCUAUCGGCGUCAUCGUCGGGGUCAUAUCCACCAGUCUCCAAGCGAUCGGACUCACCCUUCAACGAAAAUCCCAUUUACUAGAAGACGAAAAGGCGCCGUAUGAACUUAGGAGACCUCCAUACAAACGAAGAAGAUGGCAACUGGGCAUGCUAAUGUUUGUCGUUGCGAAUAUCGUUGGAAGCACCAUACAACUCACAACACUACCACUGCCGGUUCUUUCGACGUUACAGGCUUCCGGCCUAGUAUUUAAUACAAUAUCUGCGACGCUCAUUCUGGGAGAGACAUUUACGAAAUAUUCCUUCAUUGGUACAGUGCUCGUAUGCAUCGGUGCGGUCUUAAUAGCCACGUUUGGCGCUGUCAGCGAACCGGCGCAUAGUCUCGACGAACUCUUGGAGUUACUAGAUCAACGGCCAUUUGUUGUAUGGAUGGUCAUGACCGGGUUGGUGGUCUUACUCGUUCUUUUCAGUUCACGCAUUAUCAAGACCAUUUCGACUCCGGGGAACUCGAGAAUAUUUCGCUCGAUACACCUAUCUCGCCCUCUGAUAUCUCCGACCCAUGGGAAAUUCUACCGUGGGUUGGCAUUCGCCUUUUCCAGUGGAAUCCUGUCGGCUCACACGCUGCUGCUGGCCAAGUCAGCGGUUGAGCUACUUGUCCGCACGAUAGUCGAUCAUGUGAAUCAAUUCAAUCGGUGGCAGUCUUGGAUGAUCCUCAUAGGACUGGUCCUUCUUGCCUUAACACAAUUGUACUAUAUGCAUCUUGGCUUGAAACUUUGUAGUACUAGCGUUCUUUACCCUUUUGUCUUUUGCAUCUACAACGUUGUCGCGAUCUUGGAUGGAUUGAUUUAUUUUCGCCAGGCAUCCCAGCUUACGGGAUUACAUGCUGGUCUUAUUGCUCUUGGCACUGUUGUUCUUUUGGGGGGUGUUUUGUGUCUUUCCUGGCGACUGGAGGCUAAUGAGAGCCACCCGAGUCUCACCCUACCAAACACAGCCCAGACACCCCUGGGGACGGGGAUGGGUAUUGUGGAAGAAUACGCCGAACCGGUUGAAGACGAGGAGUUAAUGGUUGGUGAGCGGCAACCUCUUCUGUCGAAACAUGUGAAACCGACCGAUACAUCUCAUCAACGCGCACCAAGUCUACCUUUGGUACCCACAUAUCGAUACCGUUCCCAUACCGUUGACGCUCAUACACUCAAUAAUGAAUCCGCCCAGAUAUGGGCAGAACUCGACGACUCCGAGAAUGUAGGAGGCAGCCGUCGACGACCAUCGAUCGAAUUCCCGACCAGUCCAGCAACACGGAAAAGAAUCAUGCAAUAUCCACAUCGACGGACAUUCUCACUCCUCCCUUCUGAAACUCGAGAGCAGAGACGACCGUCACUGGGGAAUAAUGAGAGACAACCGUAUUUCCGUAUCUCCAAAACCCGGGACGCGCAACAGCAACAAGUCGAUUCUCCCUCAGUAUUGUCUCGAUGGAGUCCACGUCGAUUACAGCGAGGAUACGCAGGGUCUUCGAGACACUCCUCAUCCCCAGUGUCUUGGGGUAAAAGUCCUGGAUUCGGAUCCACACGGACUCCCUACCAAAACACUGGUAAUAACGACGACGAAUUCCCGCGAAAUUACGGGACAACAACAAGCCUUCACACCGAGCAGGGCGGAAACAUUAACUCUGUCAUUGACGAUACUGACACGCAAAAUCCAGAUUCUUCGAGUGUAAUAAGAGCCGGAUGGAAGCGAGGCUUGGGAUUAGUACAACGCUGGGCGGGGAUAUCGUGGUUCGAAAGGAAUCGAGGAGAUUCGACGCAUUCAGGAGUAUGAAGUACGAUGGUACUUUUCUUGCUCUAGGAUAUUGAAGAAUUACUCAAUGAUGACCUUGCUUUGGAGAUAACUAACGUAUCCUAGUCUUGUUCGGAA